GCAAAAGGGUAUGCCUCGAAGUACACGAAGUUAGUUUUGGAGCUCUUGGUAUUAUUCCGAUCCUCCGGGUAGCAAAUCCGCCUGAUUUGAACCCACCCGAAACGAUAUGGGAUCUAAUGAAGGAUCAAAUAUAAAUUCACUAUCCAGACGUCCAUAAGUCGUAUAAGCGCCUUCGAGAAGCAGUGUAAGAAGCGUGGGAACCAAAUAAUUACAAUUGAGACAAUCCGCAUUGAUGUGAUUGUUGCUGGAGUAUGCUGUACAGAUACUAGGUAGAAUCAACAUACCCUUGCCUUUGCAAGUUAUUUCGGCCGUGUGCCAAACGCCCGCCCGUGCCUCAAUCGACCGCUUAUUCCUCGACCCCUAAGUAAAGACAGGAUAUAGGUAUGGAAGACCUGGGCGUUAAACAGCAACCCUUUAAUCCACAUGAUCUCACUCCAUGUAUCAACAGUUCCCAGAUAUAGCUUCCCCGAGUUCUCUCGAGUAAUGUUGAGGUCUAUUUGUUGCCAGCAUAUCCCUCGUCGGGUUUUUGCUUGCGCCUCCCCAACGCGGCUCCACUUUACGGGUUGUCGGCCGUCUCUGAAGCUGGAGCCUUUCCGAUGCAGGGUGUCGUUCGCGAUUCGAGCUGUAAGAGAAGAUGGAUCUGUUGAGGAUAUUCCAGAGGCGGACAUUUUCCGAUAUACAAGGCAUCGCUGGGUGUAGGAUGGCCGCAAUUAGAGCUGAUCAUGACUGCUAACGUCUCAGAUAUAAUGAAGCAUACAACCUAUCCCAGAGAUAUCUCAAAUUCGAUCUACAGGAGCUUGUACAGGUCGCAGUCAAAGCUGCUGCUGCUAAUCGAUGUAUAACCCUUCUCAUCAAAUCACAUGAUGAACGCUGAUCAAGUCUCAAGGUACAGAAGUGCUGAAAUGCAAGGAAGGCAUGAACAAUAAGGCGUUUCUGCUGACUAUGGAUAAUGGUUCAGUAAUAUUUGCAAAGUUGCCACAUGCUUGCGCAGGGCCUGCCUACUAUACGACUGCCUCAGAAGUUGCUACCCGUACUUUUCUACGCGAAGUAUUGGAUAUCCCAAAUCCCCCUAUAAUUGCCUGGUGUUCCCAGAAAUCGAACCCUGUAGGUGCGGAGUACAUACUGGAAGAGAGGGUCAAAGGUCAGCCUCUAUGGUCACUGUGGCAGGACUGGAAGACUUUCUCGUUCGAGGAUCGUUUUAGCAUCAUACGGCAGGUUGUUCAAAUCGAACGGAAGCUUGCGGAUGCACGUUUUGAGCAGUGCGGCUGCAUCUACUUCAAAGAGGACCCUCCUCAUGGUAGUCAUAUCACAAUGGCAGGCAUAGAAUCGCCUUUGACCCUAGAACGAUUUAGGAUGGGCCCGUUGGUGACUAUCGAUCAGUGGCAGGGACAGAAGACUAGUAUGAGCUUGAACAGAGGGCCGUUCCAAGGCGCCCUCGACUUCAUCAGACAAAGAGCCAUCAACGAGAAAAGUUAUGUUGAAAAGCAUGCUAUGCCGCGAUUGAAUUAUGCUCGUUCAUCGAUAGAGCUUGAGCAGCCCGAGGAAAUGUUAGGGCUGUUAGACAAAUAUCUCAAGCUUACUCCAGCUAUGCUGCCUCCCGCCACUCCUGAUCACAUAGAUGCCGCUACGCUCUGGCAUCCCGACCUCCACCUCGACAAUCUUUUAAUCGACGCUAGUACUCUACAGAUCGCUAGCGUGAUAGACUGGCAAGCAACUCUCGCAACUCCUUUUUACUACCAAUGCGGCGUGCCAAAGAUGGUGUGCCACCGUGAACCCGUCUCCCUCGAUCUCUCUACGUUUCCAAAGCUACCUGAUAACUUUAAUGAUCUUGAUGAGGAUGGAAAGAAAUACGCGCAGAACAUGCACAAGAGCGAGCAUCUGCAUCAGUACUACCUCCGAAUCACAAAGAGGGACAACCCUAAGCACUGGACUGCGUUGCAGCUUCAAAAUGACGUACGAGUCCAACCUAUAAGGAUCGUGCAGCAAGUAUGGGACGAUAAUACGGUAUUUUUUCUACGGAGAGCGCUGUUACGGAUUAUGGCAAACUGGGAAUCGCUCUGCCCUGGUGCUGGGCCAUGUCCUGUCAACACUGAGGAGGAGGCGUCUGCUUUCGAUAGUGAGCUGGAGAAUAGAGAGUUCGUCUCCGAUGUCCUGAACCUGAUGCAGAAGAACUAUGGACUGCCCCCGGACGGUACAGUUUUUCCGAGUAAGUAUGAUGAGGUACAAGCCGAAUUGGAGCGGUUGAGGACUUGUGGCCUCGAAGCUGCAGAUAAUGACCAGGAGAGGUUAUGUGUCGAGAAACUCUGGCCGUACCAAGAUAAUGUGGACAAAGCAGCACUUUGAACGGAGUAGUUGGCCUUCUGUUUGAUAGCACCCAUCAAAUGCGGACCACCCUCGUGCCGUGUCUUCAGACGGGUUCCGCGCAGCUUUUUGUGAGCUAUCCAGAUCAGAUCAGAUCAGGGUUACAUCCAGGUUCCACCCAGCCGCCCUCUCAUUACUGCUGGCUUUCAAGCACCAUACCAUGGCCUUGACCCAGCGAGUCAUAGACCCAUGCGAUAUUGGUUUUGUCGCUUGUGCUGUGAGAUGUGAUAAGCUUUCUUCUUGGCCAUCUCAGCGCAAAGCUAAUUCACUUCCAUUCAUUUGCUACGUUCCCUCAUAAGCACCCAUGUUGAUACACUCUGUUCGUAAAAGAUGAGCCUGUCUAGACCAGAAAAUGACUGUAAUUAGCAAAAUCUUUUCCAACCUGCUUGCCGCCUGCCCCCGAGACACUUAGCGAGGCGAGCUACAAGAACAU